AUGCGGCGAAGCCCUAGGCCCGGUUCAGCUGCACCCCCCCAUAAACACAACCCCGAUUUCUACAGCGACCGCAGCAACAGCUCAGUGAGCGCCAACUCCCGGGACAGCGGCUCCCGCAAAGGCAGCCGGAGGUCACAGGUGGGCUGGAAGCCGUCUAAUGAGCCUCGCGCUACCCAGGAGGGCGGAGCGGACGGUCUGUGGCUGAGCACCGCAGCGACAGCCGCAGCAGCAGGAGCAGCCACAGAGCCCCGCAGCCUUCACCAUCCACCCGUGGACCUUUCCCGGGACCGCCCCAUCCAGCAGCAAACCAAGAGCCUGAUAACCCUUGUCCUCCAGGCGCUGGGAUUUUUUCCCGCCGUGUUUGGAGAAGUUGUGGGUGCUUUUGGCAGGUGCGGGGAGGUCCGUUCUCUCCGCUUCCUGCUUACAACUUUGCUGUUCUUCAGUAUCUUCACGGCUGUGGUAUGGGGUGCACUUAUGUAUUUUGCCCCUGUUUGGGAUGAGGAAACCAAGGAGUUCCUGACUCUGAGUGAAUACCAUGACAGGGUCCGCUCGCAGGGGAUGCAGCUGCAACAACUUCAGGCUGAGCUUGAUAAACUCCACACGGAUGUGUCCAGCAUCCGAGCAGCCAACAGUGAGAGGGUGGCCCAGCUUGUGUUCCAGAGACUGAAUGAAGAUUUUGUGCAAAAACCUGACUAUGCGCUGAGUUCCGUGGGGGCUUCCAUCGACCUAGACAAAACAUCUCAUGACUAUGAGGACAGGGAUACAGCUUAUUUCUGGAAUCGGUUCAGUUUCUGGAAUUAUGCCAAGCCCCCCACAGUCAUCCUGGAGCCUGAUGUCUUCCCUGGGAACUGCUGGGCCUUCCAGGGUGCUAAGGGCCAGGUGGUCAUCCGGCUGCCUGGCCAAGUUCAGCUAAGCGACAUCACCCUACAGUACCCACCACCGACCGUGGCCCACAAUGGAGGUCCUAGCAGUGCCCCCAAGGAUUUUGCUGUCUAUGGCCUCGAGGGCGAUGACAAGACUGAAAUUCUCUUGGGAAAAUUCACCUUUGAGGUCGAGAAAUCAGAGAUUCAGACAUUCCAUCUGAAGAAUGAGCCCCCCAUGGCCUUCCCAAAGGUGAAGAUACAGAUACUCAGCAACUGGGGACACCCACGUUUCACCUGCUUAUACCGUGUGCGGGCCCAUGGGCUUCGGAGGCAUGAUGACGCAGGAGAGAAGAUAGGACAAAAGGAGAGAAAGGGGGAACCUACUACUACUCUUCAUUAAACCUCCUGCUAAUUCCCUAUGAGCAGAUUUCAGGGAUCUCUUCAUGGGGAGCUAGGGACUGGGGGGACUAGGUCUGUGGGUGUCUAAUUCUCUCCUUGGGAGAAUGACAAAUACACUCUCCAAACAAGAGCCCGCCUGGAUUUCACUCUAGAGAAAGCAUCCUGUUUUCCCUCUAGGAAAUUAAUCCUAUGAACUUGCCACCAUUUAUCAUAGGUCUCCUUCCUUUGGGCAGGAGAGUCUGCAUAACUUUUUCCCUGAGCAGAAAGAGCUCAAGAAGUUUGGGUUCUAGACCCAGGUCUACCACAAGCAAAUUUCUUUCUAGGCCUCCUCUGACAGUCAAACCAGAGUUGGAAAAAUCGAGUGGGAUC